CUUGCCAGUACUACCACACUCAUCUUUCCACCUAUCCUCAUAUCUUCUUACUUGCUCCAUAGUCCAUCACGCUCUCUCCCCCGAACACUCUACCAGUCGCCUCAAAGAUGGCCGACGCAGUCUCCAUCGAGCAGAACAACAAAAUCCGAGCCGCGCUCGGUCUCAAGCCGCUGCCUGUACCCGGCGCCCAACAUGACGACGACUCGGGCUCCUCCUCCGAAGAGGAGGACGACCCCGCGAGCACCCUCGAGUCGCGCGAGGCGAUGGCGUCCGAGAACUGGAAACGCAUACAGGACGAGGCCGAAGCGAAGCGCAAACGCGAGGAACGGAACGCCGCCAUCAAGAGGGCCCGGGAUCUGGCUCAACGGAACGCCAAACUCGAGGGCGCCACACUCGGCGAGGCGGAGGCGGAAGACACCAAGACCUGGUUGAUGCAGACCAAGAAGCGCCAGAAGAAGAUCGAGAAGGAGCGGGCGCGGCGCCUCGCGGCCGAGCUCGAGGAGCGUGAACGGGCGGCGGAGUACUCGGCGGCCGAUCUCGCUGGGAUCAAGGUCGGACACGAGAUCGAUGACUUUGGAGGCGGCGAGGAUCAUAUCUUGACGCUCAAGGAUACGACGAUCGAUGAGAAUGAGGAGGAAGGCGAUGAGCUGGAGAACCUGGAUCUCAGAGAGAGGGAGAAGGCUACGGAACGGUUGGAGCUUAAGAAGCGGAAGCCGGCCUACGAUCCUACGGCGGAGAACACGGGGAUUCUGGCGCAGUAUGACGAGGAGAUUGAGGGCAAGAAGCGGAAGCGUUUCACACUCGACUCUAAAGGAUCGACCGCUGAAGAACGGGAGGCGAAGCGGCAGGAGGUGUCGGAGAAGCUCAAUAAGAAUGUUAUCAGCUUGGACCUUGACAUGGAGACUCCUACAUCCGACUACAUGGACAUCAGCGAGGUCAAGAUCAAGAAACCGAAGAAGAAGAAAGCCAAGGCCACCAAACAGCGGGCGGUUCUGGAUGACGAUGAUAUUUUUACCACACCCGGCUCGACAGCUACACCGACCGAGAAUGCUAUGGACGUGGACUCUAGUAAUGGUCAACCGGUCUCCGCGCCUGCGUCACGAAAAUGGGAAGACCAAAACGUGUCCUUCGUCGACGAUGACGAUCUACAAGCUUCUCUGACCCGCCAACGACGCGCUGCCUUCAAGAAGCGACAAAAAGCCCGCCCAGAGGAUAUUGCCCGACAACUCCGGGAAGAAAGCUCACAGACACCGAUGGAUACCGGCACUCCAGGCGAGAACGAUGAAGAGCCCGGCCUCGUGAUUGAUGAGACAUCUGAAUUCGUAUCCAACCUACAAAAACCGACCCUCCUUGAACGGCCGGAAAGGCAAACAACUACCCCGGCCGAAGAGCGGCGCGCCAAAAGCGAAGGCCCCAGUAUCAAAGAAGAGGUUGAAGAGGAUGGCGAUGUGGAGAUGGUUCGGACGUACAAUGACAUUGAGGAUGAGGAAGAUCUCAAAGAACGCAUCAAGCGCGAGGAGUCCCAGGCUCGGCAGCAGAUUAGCACCACCGGAUUGGACGAGGAAGCAACCCUGGAUCAGGGUCUGGGGGCUACACUCAAUAUGCUCAAACAACGUGGCUUGGUCAAGUCAUCCGACGCUGCAGACCACAACUCGCUUUUGCGUGACCGGACCCGGUUCUUGCAAGAGAAGACGCGCAUGGAGACCGAAGCCGAGAAACGAGCCCGCCAGCAGCGUGAACGCGAUCGAGCAUCGGGUAAGCUGGAUCGUAUGUCUGCACGUGAGCGAGAGGAGUAUGCUCGCUGGGAAAACAAGCAGCGCGACCAGCAGGAUGCGCGUCAUAUGGCGGAGGUGUUCAACCGCGAGUACAAGCCCGAUGUCCAGCUCAAGUACGUGGAUGAGCAUGGUCGGGCGAUGAACCAAAAAGAAGCAUUCAAGCAUCUCAGUCAUCAGUUCCACGGCAAGGGCAGUGGUAAGAUGAAGACGGAGAAGCGCCUGAAGAAGAUCGAGGAAGAGAAGAAGCGCGAAGCCAUGAGCGCCUUGGAUAGUAGUCAACAUACGGGUAUGAACAAUGCUAUGGGGGCGACCGCUCGAAAGAACCGCCAGGCUGGUGUACGCCUGGGUUAAAGGGCUACGAUAUGCUUUCUGUUGCUGUUGCUGCUGCGACCAUGUCCUGUCGCUGGAGCUACUUCGAUGAUUGUUGUGGUUGAACACGCAGCCACCCGUUAUGUUGCAUAUACUCCGUACAAAUCUUUCUUAUACCAUUAGUGACAACAUGACAGCAUGGCUUGUUAAAUGCCGUGUGGAGAAUCAAGC